GGCACAUGGGCGUAUACAAAAAGGGCUCUUACCGCGUUGUCUCCGUAGUCCUUAUUCAUUAAAUAAGCUGGAAAAAAUACUUAUCUAUUCGGUUUUUAGCAAAACUACUUAUACCGUUGCCGAAAUGGAAACGUUAAACGUUUUUGUCCAACAAUAUCCCCAAGUGCUGUGCAGCGCUACGGCGUUUGUGGCGGGUGGCGCGCUCAUCUACAAGCUUGCUAACAGGAAGAAGCCCCUGAAUGUUAAGGUCAACUGCUGGUUCUGCAACCAGGACACUGUAGUUCCGUAUGGCAACAGGAACUGCUGGGACUGUCCGAAUUGUGACCAGUACAAUGGCUUCCAGGACAACGGGGACUACAACAAACCCAUUCCGGCCCAGUACACAGAAGAUCUGAACCAUGGUGUGUCUGGUAGUCUUCCUGCCCAAGCAUCUCCUGGUAAACUGCAAUGGGUCAACUCUAAGAUGCUCCUAUGCAGGAAGUGCAAUCACAACCAGUCAACUAAGAUCAAGUUGUUGUCUUCAUUCAUGCCAAAGGAUGACGGCAACUAUGACGAGGAGAUUGACGCGUACAAGUGUCACUUGGAGGAACACUACAAGCUGUGCAGGCCGUGUCAGGCAGCAGUGGACUACUACAUCAAGUAUCAGAAUCGCCAGCUGAGGACCGUGCUGCUCAGCAAUCAGCUUAAACGCACCCAAGAUUCUCUUAAGGGCUUCAUAAAGGGCUUUUUCUCUUCCUCUUGUCCUCUUGGAGUGGUACUCCUGCGAUGCCUCGCCACGCUCAUGUGUGCUUUCCUCCUUGCGACAUCUGUCUAUCCAUCUGCCGACCAGCCAGCCGCAUCAAGUGGAAAGCUGAAUCUUCCCAAACCCUCCACCCACAAUGCGUCUGACAGCAGCAAUAAGAGCGACGGAGGCCUGCUGGAGCUCCUCCCAUUGGCUCUUGUCGACUAUGCCAAGAUCUUAUGGCUCUACGGACAAGCUAAUCAGAUGGUGGUCGUUUGUGUCGGUGUGUCUACGUGUCUCACCGGUGUCCUCUUGGCAGGACCUGCCAGGUUAAGGAGAAUCGACGCAGUGUCCUCUGUGCUGUGGUUCCUUGUCCUGUGUUGGUACAUGCUGGCAGAGUUUGUGGGGAUUGAUGCGUCAAGCUGGAUGGACACAACCAAGCACAUCACCACCGCCAUCUGUUGCAUUGUCAGCUUUGCUGCCGCCAUAGCAACGCGCAACCCGCUGGGUCAACGAAGAGGAAAAUACCGAAGGUCAGACUCUCCGCGCUGAUAUUGUGCUUGCGUUCUUCUUCUUUUUCAUCUUCUGUCAUCGUCAUCCAUGCAGGAUUUUGAUCUUUUGAUGUUCUUUCACUGUUCUGUUACAUAUUCAUUCUUCAUGAGGGACAUGCAAAAAAAAUACAAAGCACCUGUAUUAUGAAACUUUUUAAAAAGUUUUAUGACAAGUGGAUGAGAUUGUGAGUGAUGUUUUCAUGCCAAUCUACAAUAUUUUGUCAUCGAUCUCAUUAAUCAUGAGUCUUAAAGAAAUUAAGGUUUUAAAAACACACUUAAGGGGGCUGACAGCACAGUACCAAAGCAUAAAGAUACUAAAUUAUUAGGGAUGUGCUGAUCAAUCAGCCCCAUCAGUGUAAGCCAAUUUUCAUGAAAAAGAAUAAUACAUUUUAUGCCGAUCACAAACGCACACUACUUGGUUCACACCAAACCAAAUUAAUCCGUCCUCUGUAGUAGCCCUUCAGGCACUUCUGGCCAUUUUCAGUGUUUGGUACAUGUAAUACUAUAAUUUAGGUCAAUAUUUCCUGCAAAAUGUAGCGUUUAGUAUGUGUUUUGUACGUGUGUUGCUUUGUUUGUCAUUUGGAACAAAUACACAGUUCUUGACUUUUCUGUCUUCUCUUUGCUUUUCUUUUGCUGCCUUCUUUUGUCAAUGCUCUGACAUAGAAGGCACUUCUUUUAAUAUAUUUACAUGUCGCCCAUGUUCCACUUUAUUACAAUUUACUGACUUUCCAGUCAAUGUGAUACUUAGUAGGGGUGUCCCAAUUCACAGACCAUAUCGGUCUGUCGGCAAAAAAAAAACAAGAAUCCGAUAUUUCUAAACAUCUAAAUUUCGAACAUUUAAAUGUUCUCCAAUAAGCACACAACGUUGGUAUUUUGUUGCAUUUUAGUGAAGUCAUUUACCCAAGUUCAACAUGAUACAUAGGCUAUAGGCUACUACGAGCUAGCAGCCACACAACAGCCUAGCACACAAGCUAGACAAGUAAUACGUGUCCUUAAUUGAACAGUAUUACAGACUAAAACACAUGUCAAUAUAAACAAGUAUAACAUGUUAUACUUUCAUACUACUUCAAUACAAAGUCUCCAAGGCAGAAGCAUAUUAGAAAGCAUCCAGUAACAAUUGUGUCCGCAUCAUUCAAUUUACUGCGUCAUUGAGCAUCACCUAAUGAUGAUCUACCCGUGAACUUCAACUUCAAGACAGCUUAAGUCCGUUCCAGGCAGGUAAUGAUAAAUAGCUUCGUGUUUUUCAUACCUGCCAUAUAUUUUCUGUCACAGUAAUUUCACUUGAUUAAGUAUUGUUUAGCAUAAUAAAAGUAUGUAUGUUUUGUACUGCUAUCAUAUCAAUAUUGUUAUCGGCCAAUACUCAAGGCUUCAAUAUCAAUAUUGUUUCAGAAGUAAAAAAGUUGUAUCGGGCCCCCCUACUAGUUAGCGUUUUUUAUUGCCAUUUAAUAACUUUUUCAAUAUUAUAUUUGUGUUCCACACACUAAACUAACUUCUCCAGACUGAAUGUGACAUUACAUAAAUAUGUUAUAUGCAUUGUGCCAGACUUACCUUAUGUUACAUUUCUUCAAAUGACCUGUUGGUAAAGGUGCAUGGGGUCAGUCUUUUGAGUCAUAUAAACUCAAUAGUUAUUUCAUAUCUUCUCCAGGGACAAUUCCAUAUAAAUAAGACUUGAAUGUAACUUAGAGUAGCCGGUGUACAGCUUGUAUGGGAUGUGUUGUAAAUAAGUCAACACACAGAUUGUCUAAAUAUUUGGCUUCAUAAUAUCCCAGUACAACUUGUAAUUCAUGUUUUCCUCGAAUAAACCACCUCUCUCCAGUGCUGGCAGCACUUAUGCAGCUUUAGAUCAUGACCCUACCAACAACAUCGGCACAUUUGUUUUGCCAGCUGAAGACAACAAUGGCUCUGUGUUGACUUAUUUUCAGAGGACAGUCAAUCUAUAAGGGUAUACAAAUUAUACACUGACUAUAGUAGUCUCUUCAGAAGAUGGAUGAAAUAAUUGUUGGUUGUAGUUGUCUCAAACAACAUCAGCUGUAUUAUGGUUGUUUGUGCACUGUGUGAUGAACUUGAAAUUUUAGAAGCACUAAUUUUAUUGACACCUAAUGUAGCUAUAUCUUGAUACGACAAACACAUUUGUGUUUUGAUUGGAUUCUAGAACUACCUUUUUUACUAAUGAACUGAAGGUUUUUUAAUUAUUUAUAGCACUGUUGUACACCUGAACACUAUGUGAAGCUUACCAAGAAUGUUAAAAAUGUUCCACACUGAGUUUGACUUUUAUACUACUUUAUACAUUUGCAGCCAGGCAGUUUUGGUUGCUUGUUUGUCACCCAGUUUGUGUUUUCUGAAUGCUGAAGUGUGGAUUUUUACAACUAUUAUUUAUCAAGACUUUGUAGUAAAACUUGC